GUGAUCAUGGCGUGCUGCCUCAGCGAGGAGGAGGAGGAGGCGAGGAGGAUCAACGCGGCCAUCGAGAAGCAGCUCAAGAGAGACAAAGACGUGAACAGGAACGAGCUCAAGCUGCUGCUGCUGGGUACCGGCGAGAGUGGCAAGAGCACCUUCAUCAAGCAGAUGAGGAUCAUCCACGGCAGGGGCUACACGGAGAGCGACCGCAGAGAGUUCACGAAGCUCAUCCACCAGAACAUCGUGACGGCCAUGCAGGCCUUGGUGAGAGCCAUGACCACGCUGAAGAUCAACUAUGGGAACUCAGCCAAUGAGGUGCAUGCUCGCCACGUGGCAUCUCUGGACGUGGAGGCGGUACGAUCGUUGGGGGGGCCGGAGGUGGCGGCUGUCGCCUCCCUGUGGGCCGACGUGGGAGUGGUGGAGUGUUUCUCACGUCGCAGGGAGUUCCAGAUCUCUGACUCGGCCAAAUACUACCUGGACGCGCUGUCUCGUGUCUCCGCUGCGGACUACGUCCCCACGGAGCAGGACGUCCUGCGAGUCCGAGUCCCGACCACGGGAAUCAUCGAGUACCCCUUCGACCUCAAGAACGUCGUCUUCCGGAUGGUGGACGUGGGUGGACAGAGGAGUGAGCGCAGGAAGUGGAUCCACUGCUUCGAGAACGUCACAUCCAUCCUCUUCCUCACUGCCCUCAGCGAGUACGACCAGGUGCUGGCAGAGAGCGACUUCGAGAACCGGUUGGAGGAGAGCAAGUCGCUGUUCCGACUCAUCGUCUCGUACCCGUGGUUCGACAUGGCGUCGGUGAUUCUCUUCCUCAACAAGAACGACCUCCUGGAGGAGAAGAUUUCCAAGUCGCACCUCGCCGACUACUUCCCACAGUUCAAAGGUCCCACAGGGAACGCCGAAGCCGCCAGACAGUUCAUCCGGCAGAUGUUCCUGGAUCUCAACCGGGAGGCAAACGAGGAGGAUGAGGAGGAUGGAGGUGGCAGACAUGAGGAGAAGGUCAUCUACUCCCACUUCACCUGUGGAACGGACACCAAUAACAUCCGUCGCAUCUUCGACAGCGUCAAAGACACCAUCCUGGAUUGGAACAUCAAAAACAGUGGCCUAGCGUAGGCUCGGCUAGGCCUGACGUUAACCUCACCGUGAACCCCACCCACCCACACGGCCAUCGUGAUCCCCACCCACCAAUCCACCCACACGGCCAUCGUGAUUCCCACCCACCAAUCCACCCACACGGCCAUCGUGAAUCCACCCACACGGCCAUCAUGAAUCCACCCACCCACACGGCCAUCGUGAUCCCCACCCACCAAUCCACCCACACGGCCAUCAUGAAUCCACCCACCCACACGGCCAUCGUGAUUCCCACCCACCAAUCCACCCACACGGCCAUCAUGAAUCCACCCACACGGCCAUCAUGAAUCCACCCACCCACACGGCCAUCGUGAUCCCCACCCACCAACCCACCCACACGGCCAUCGUGAAGCCCACCCACCAAUCCUCCCACACGGCCAUCGUGAAGCCCACCCACCAAUCCACCCACACGGCCAUCGUGAAGCCCACCCACACACACGGUCAUCAUGAACCCCACCCACCAAUCCACCCACACGGCCAUCAUGAACCCCACCCACCAAUCCACCCACACGGCCAUCGUGAACCCCACCCACACGGCCAUCAUGAAUCCACCCACUCACACGGCCAUCGUGAACCCCACCCACCAAUCCACCCACACGGCCAUCAUGAACCCCACCCACCAAUCCACCCACACGGCCAUCGUGAACUCCACCCACCCAGCCACCGGGAACCCCACCCACCCACACGGCCACCGUGAACCCCACCCACAUGGCCAUCGUGAACCCCACCCACAUGGCCAUCGUGAACCCCACCCACCCACAUGGCCAUCGUGAACCCCACCCACCCACACGGCCAUCGUGAAUCCACCCACCCACACAGCCACCGUGAACCCCACCCACCCACAUGGCCACCGUGAACCCUACCCACCGACACGGCCACCGUGAACCCCACCAACCCACACACACGGUCACCGUGAACCCCACCCACCCACACGGCCAUCGUAAAACCCACCCACCAACCCACCCACACGGCCAUCGUGAACCCCACCCACCCACACGGCCAUCGUGAACCCCACCCACCCACACGGCCAUCGUGGACCCAUCCACCCACACGGCCACCGUGAACCUCACCCACCCACACGGCCAUCGUGAACCCCACCCACCCACACGGCCAUCGUGAACCCCACCCACCCACACGGCCACCGUGAACCUCACCCACCCACACGGCCAUCGUGAACCCCACCCACCCACACGGCCAUCGUGAACCCCACCCACCCACACGGCCAUCGUGAACCCCACCCACCCACACGUCCGUCGUGAACCCACCCACCCACACGGCCACCGUGAACCUCACCCACCCACACGGCCGUCGUGAACCCCACCCACCCACACGGCCGUCGUGAACCCCACCCACCCACACGGCCGCCGUGAACCCCACCCACCCACACGGCCACCGUGAACCCCACCCACCCACACGGCCACCGUGAACCCCACCCACCCACACGGCCAUCGUGAACCCCACCCACCCACACGGCCAUCGUGAACCCCACCCACCCACACGGCCAUCGUGAACCCCACCCACACGGCCAUCGUGAAC